CUUUGCAAACGUCGGGCCAGAAAUUCUGUCCAUCCGUCCCCCCAAAAUGGAGUUACUCAAAACUUUUAGAUAUAUAUUCCUGAUCGUAUCCCUAGUUGUAGUGGGAAUUGACGCGGGCGUGCCUUAUCGACAACCAUACGUGUACGAGCAUCAAUUCUGCAUGGAUACAGUGACUGGAAGACAGCUUUACGUGGGUGAGGUCUUCACCAGACCGGGUCAGUGCAUUCGGAUUCAGUGUUUGGGGACACUGCAACUCUGGGAGGACAGUUGCCUUGUGCCGAAACUUUCUAAGGGUGACUGCCGUCCAGUUCAACCCGAGGAGGAAAAUCUGGAUUAUCCCCGAUGCUGCCCAAUGUACGAGUGCAAAACCUAUCAGUCACAUGCGGGGGGUAGGGUAGAGCAGACCAUCACCUACGACCAUUACGGCACUGUACGAAAGUCCCACCUCACGGAGGUGAUUGUGAUCAGGCCCCAGAAGGGAUCUCCAGUGAACGUGGAGGAUCCCGCAGCGCCCUCGCCGCGCAAGUAUCAGGUGUAGCUCUCUGUUUCACUGUGAUUGAGUGAGAUUAGGCCUAGUUAGUAAUUAAAGCAUCAUAACUUAAAAAAUGUAACAAAAAAUGCAACACCAAAGAUGUGUCUUAGGUGAAAAAAAAACUAUUUUAAAAUAUAAAAAUAAACAAACGAAUAUAAAUUUUAAA